CAGCCAGGAUUGGAUCUCUCGCUAGGCUCUCAGACAACACCCAAUUUUAAGAUGAAACCAACUAAGCAACUUGAACUGGAAAAAAGUUUUAAAUCUACCCAGAGUAUAGCGGAGACCAAGCCUAAGUUUAGGGCCUUACAGGAUGCUUUCGACAUCAUCAGCCAUCUCAAAGGAGAUAACAUCGAUGCUGACCAGAUGCGUUCCACCCUAAACAAAAUGGGGGUGAUUUUGAGUGAAAAGGAGUUCCGGGAACUGCUGCGGAAGGCAGGCAUGACAAAAGACAGUAUGGUGAACUUCAACAGUUUCAUGUCAGUCUUGGGGAAAACACGUCGCCUUGCUGAAUUUUCAACUCUGAAAGAUGCCAUUCAAGCCAUGGAGAAGAUUGAAUCAGAUAAGGUGAUGCUGCAUGAACUCCCUUACUUUAUGAGAAACAUGGGAAUCCAUCUGUCUGACCAAGAGUUCCAGGAUGUCCUGAAACAGGUCCCCGUGGACGGUAGUGGAAAGAUAGUUGUGAAAGACUUCAUGAAAAUUCUCACCAACAAACCAUAUUUCUCAGAGUUGUCAGUGGUGAAGGACACCAUUCAAGCAGUCAGCUAUAUCGAAAAAGACAAAGUGUUCCUGCAGGACCUCAGACCCACCCUCAGGAAGAUGGGCAUUCGUUUAAACACACAGGAGUAUGAGGAGCUACUGAAGACUGUCUCAGUGGAUAGAGAAGGGAAGGUUGAUAUUGGGCAAGUCAUACAGAAGGUAGCUAGAACACAACGUUUCUCAGAAAUGGAAGUUCUGAACAAUGCUAUCAAGGUCUUUAGUCAGGUCACGGAUGACCAAUUGAAGCUUUCAGAUGUGGAGACCUACCUCAGCAGCAUUGGGGUCCAUUUAAACAAGGCAGAACUAGCACAAGCUACAAGAUCUCUGAAGGUUUCUUUUGAUGGGUCUGUAGAUAUCCAUGAACUGAUGUCUGCUGUUAAGUCAACCAGGAAGUUCUCAAAUUAUGCAGCUGUGCACGAUGUUGUCCAUGCCCUCAAGGUAAUCAAAGAACACAAGGGUACAGAGCUAACACAUAAAAGGAGCAGCCUGCACUUCUUUGGCGUGCACUUUGCCAACCAGGUGAUCACGCAGGUACUGAAGUCAGUAAAGAUGUCUGAAGCUGCGCAGACAAAAUUCAAUGACUUCUUGAGGACUCUGACAAGGAACCCGAAUUUUAGAACAUCUGCAGCCUUGAUGGAUGCUUUUGGUAUCCUCAGCAACUUAGAAAAUGACAAGAUUGGUGUGGAGGAGUUGCAGGUGGUUAUGAAGAGCUUCAGUAUCACUUUGCCCGCCGAGGAGGUAGAGGAGGCUUUGUCCUUUUGCAUUGUUGAUGACAACCAGAAGGUGAAUCUGAAAGACUUCCUUAGGGGGGUGACCCAUACUGCUACGUUUGUUUUAACUCCAGAACUGCAGCUCACCUGCAUGGUCCUGAGCAAGCUCAAGGAUGAACAUUUUAACCUCCCUGCUCUCGAGUCUACCCUGGAUGACAUGGAUCUCCCAGAGGCCCAAGAUCUACUGCAUGAAGUGAUGAAGACGGCUCAUGUGGACAGUAGUGGCAGGGUGGAUUUCAGAGAAUUCAUGAGGAUUUUCACACUCCUCCCAGAGUUCCCUGGGACAAGGGUGCUGAAGGAUACUUUCAAUGCCAUGAAUGAUAUCAAAAACCACCAUAUCCAAAUGGAUGGUUUAGCAACAACCCUGGCCAAUGUGGGUAUCAACUUGUUACCUGAAGAGCUCAAGGAGCUGCAGCAAUCAGUUACACCCACAGGAGAUGGGACAGUGAGCUUUAAAGAUGUCAUGAUGCAUCUAACUGGCACCCAGUCCUUUGCAGAAUUUACUGCUAUACAGAAUGGCUUUGAUGCAAUCAGUAAGAUCUGUAGAGAAAAGAUUAAAAAAGAAGACCUGCCAGCCGCCCUAGAAAACUUGGGCAUCCACUUAUCGCCUGAUGAACUCCAGACAGCUCUGGUAUCUGCUAACAUUGAUGCUUCUGGAAAGUUGGAUGGGACAGAAUUCCUGAAGAUUUUGUCUGAUGCCCCACGCCUUUCUGAGUUUAAAGCGCUGCAGGAUGCCACAAAGAUUGUUGAAAGCAUCAAAAACAAGAAGAUGACCCUUCUUCAGCUGGAGGAAACUUUGGAUAAUAUGGGAGUUUAUUUAUCAAAUGCAACUUUCAAUGAGGUAAUCAGGUCAAUCAUUGCUGAUGAGAAUGGUGAAAUUGAUUUCCAAGACUUCCUACAAGUAUUGGGUGAAACUGAGGAAUUCAUAGAACUGGAAGCCUUGCAGCGUGGCAUGACCAUCAUCAGUGCAAUACAUGGCAGCCGCCUGAAUCUGAAUGAACUGGAGUCCACCCUGUAUAAUCUGGGCAUCAAUUUGAAACUUGAAGAGUUCCAACAAGCUGUGCAGGCCAGCUACCUGGACGCCAAAGGGACCGUAAACUUGAGAGACUUCCUGAUGGCGCUCUCUGAAAUGCAUCACUUCUCGGACUCUCUAGCACUUCACUCUGCUAUCAAGGCCUUUGGCAGAAUCAAGGAUGAGAAAGUGGAGGUUGGAGAACUGGAGACUGUGGUGGAGAGUUUGGGCAUUUCCUUGAGCAACGAUGAGCUCCAGCAAGCCUUAAGAACCACCUCUGUAGAUGAAAGUGGGAAGGUGAACUUCAAAGAGUUCCUGGUUAAUGUGAUGGACAAUGAACGCUUCUCUGAACCUGCAGCUGUUCACAGUGCAUACAGUGUCGUUAGCAAAGUGACUAAUGAUAAAAUUGAGGUUACUCAGCUGCAGGAUAUGCUGGCUGCUAUUGGCAUCACCUUAACCCAGGAGGAAAUGAAGGAGGCACUGAAGAAAGUGACUGUGGACAGUGAUGGGAAAGUAAAUCUGAAAGAAUUCAUGAAUGGGUUAUCCCAUACGCGGCGAUUCUCUUCAGCCAUUGAGAUGGAAGAAGCUAUAAAAACACUUAAGAGCAUCAAGCAGGGCAAGGUAAAUGUGGAAGACCUGGACUCCAUCUUGCACUCUAUGGGCCUCCAUCUAUCCCCACAUGAAAUCCUGCAAGCGUUGGAGUAUGUUACUGAGAAUGAUGAUGGAACUGUGAAUGUAAGAGAAUUCAUGUUUGGAGUAACGAAAACCCGACGCUUUUCCGAAGCCGAAAAGGACAGGGUCUCUGUUGAAAAUCUAGAUUUCAUUCUGGAAAACAUGGGGAUUCACUUAACGGAAGAGGAGAUGCAGGAGGUCCUCCAGCAAAUGACAGUUGAUGAGGAUGGAAAGAUAAACCUGAGUGAAUUCAUGAAGAGCAUUAGGGUUAUGAAGCAGCUUUCCUAUCUUGAAGGUACCCAAGAAGAUAUGGUUGCUGUGGCAGACGUGGAUUACCUUUUGUCCAACAUGGGGAUCUAUUUAACCAAAGAGCAACUCAAAGAGGCAUUGAAACAUGUGACUAUAGAUGAAAAUGGGAAGGUGCACAUGAGUGAACUGAUGAAAAGUGUGGUCAAGAUUCGGAGGCAAGCACAAGCUGAGAAGGAUCGGAUUGACAUUCGAAACCUGGAUGGUCUGCUAGCCAAUAUGAGCAUAUACCUAACAUAUGAUGAGAUCCAGGAAGCAUUGAAAUAUGCAGCUGUAGAUGAGGGUGGCAAAGUUAACAUGAAUGAGUUCUUGAAAGGGAUGAAGAUUGUGCAAAAAAUAGCAGACAUCGAAGGUGCCCAGGGUAACAUGAUUGCUGUGGAAGAUAUAAAUUCUGUUUUGUCUGACCUGGAGAUCCACUUAACCAAAGAGCAACUCCAAGAGGCAUUGAAACAUGCAACUCUGGAUGAGGACGGCAAAGUUAACCUGAAUGAGUUCAUGAAGGGAGUGAGGAUUGUGCAGAAAGUAGCAAAUAUAGAAGGAGCUGAAGGAGGUAUGAUUACUGUGGCUGAUGUAAAUUCUCUUUUGUCUGACAUGGGAAUCUACUUAAACAAAAAGCAACUCCAAGAGGCAUUGAAGCAUGCAACUCUGGGUGCGGACGGGAAAGUUAACAUGAAUGAGUUACUGAAGGGGGUGAUGAUUGUGCAAAAAAUAGCAGAUCUCGACGAUGCCCAAGGGGGUAUGAUUGAUGUGGCAGAUGUAGAUUCUCUUUUGUCGGAACUGGGGAUUCACUUAACCAAAGAACAAUUCAAAGAGGCACUGCAGCAUGCAACUCUGGGUGAGGAUGGCAAAGUUAACCUGAAUGAGUUCAUGAAAGGAGUGAGGAUUGUGCAGAAAGUAGCAAAUGUAGAAGGUGCCAAAGGGGUUACCAUUGAUGUGCUGGAUGUCAAUUCUCUUUUGUCUGACAUGGGGAUCCAUUUAACCAGAGAAGAGCUCCUAGAGGCAUUGCAGCAUGUGACGCUAGAUGCGGAUGGGAAAGUUAACUUGGAUGACUUAAUGAAGGGAGUGAAGAUUGUGCAGAAAAUAGCAGAUUUAGAAGCUUCCCAAGAGGGUUUGGUUGCUGUGGGAGAUGUAGAUUCUCUUUUGUCUGACCUGGGGAUCCACCCGACCAAAGAACAACUCGAAGAGGCAUUGAAGCAUGUGACUCUGGAUGAAGAUGGGAAGGUGAAUAUCAGCGAACUCAUGAAAAAUGUGACCAAGAUGCAGAGACAAUUGCAAGUUCGUGGGAAAGCGGUUGAGAUCGGCGACUUGAGUUCCACUCUGGCCAAGAUGGGCAUCCACCUAACAGAAGAGGAAAUGCAGGAGGCCUUGAAGUAUGUCAUUCCUGAUGCUGAUGGGAGAAUAAACCUGAAGAAUGUACUGGAGGGUGUCAUGGCUACACGGCGGCCUUCCCAGUUUGAAAGAGACAGGGUGGUUGUUCAAGACCUAAAGGACAUCCUGGCCAGUGCAGACAUCAGUCUCACUGAAGAAGAGAUGCGUGAAGCGUUGAAACAUACCCCUGUUGAUGCUGAAGGGAAGGUGAACUUGGCAGCAUUUAUGAAAGCAGUGAAAGUAAUCCAGCCAUAUCUCCAGACUGAUCAGAAGAUUGCUGUUCAGGACCUAGGAUCCAUUCUGGCUAGGAGAGGCAUCUAUUUGAAUGACAAGGAGCUCCAGGAGAGCUUGAUGAAUGUAGAAGUGAAUGCUGAUGGGACAGUGAACCUGGGUGAAUUUAUGAAGGGAGUUGAAGAAGUCCGAGGGCUGCCACCAUUUGCCGAUGGAAUGCUGGGCUUAGGAGAGCAGAAAGGAGUGAGAGGAGCGGCCCAGAAGUUACCACAGCUAAUGAUAGAUGGAUGGACAAAAGAGAAGGUUGACAUUAACAGUUUGGAUGCCAUCUUGGAUGAUAUGGGGAUCCAUUUAACCAACAAGCAGCUGUAUGAGGCGUUGAAAUAUGCUCCAGUGGAUGCUGAUGGGAAGGUGGACAUGGAAGCAUUUAGAAGAGGCGUAACUGUCAUCUUAAAAGGCCUACAAACUGAGAAAAGGGUGAAUGCCAACAUAGUGGGUGCUGUUCUGGCCAGCAUGGGGUUCUACUUAACCCAGGAGGAGCUACAGGAGACUCUCAAGCGUACGAGAAUUGACAAAGAUGGGACGGUUAAUUUGAAAGACUUCAUGUGGGCUGCCCAGGAACUCCCCAGCAUUCGGCAGAAAAAAAUAGAUGUUGGCAACGUAGGCUCUGUCCUGGCUGGUAUGGGGAUCUAUUUGACCAGGGAAGAACUGCGGGAUGCACUCAGUCUGACAGUGCAUAAUGAGGAUGGGACGGUGAAUUUGAACAACUUCAUUAAGGCUUGCAAUGAUAUCCUAACCCGCUCCAGCAGUCAGGGAAAAGCUCUGAGUGAAAUGUCAGAACCAAGGAUGCUGAAGCUGCCGAAGGUGGCAGAGAAGCAUCAUCUCCAAACAGUAUGCAAACUUUUCUCUUCUGGGUUUGCCUCUGAUGGGAUCAGAUUGAAAACAACAAGGAAGUUAAGCCAGCCACAACUGGAAGCAUUCCGCGUUGCUUACGAUACCUUCAGCAAAGACCUUGAUGGCUACAUUGAUCUUCCAGCUCUGGAGACCACAGCCCAUAAGUUGGGAAUCAGCUUAACUGAGGAAGAAGCCUUUGAUGAGCUGGUGUAUGCUGACGCAGAUGGAGAUGGAAGGGUGAGUUUCUUAGACUUCCUUAGCACCAUCACAGACAGCAAGCGCUUCAUCCAGGCUGUAGCCCCCAAGAAAGGUAACAUGGAGAUCGUUGAUGCCCAAGGGAUCUUGUUCUUUGAGCUCUUGUCAAAGCUGGUGGAGUCAUGUUUGCUGCCAAAGAACGCCACUGAGAAUAUUGUUAGCUACUAUCGGCAAAAGUUCCUGGAUUCUACUGGCAAGAGAGCAUGGCACUCUGAUGGCUCUGAGAGCAAGAAGCAGGGUCAGAAGAAAAAACAUGCCAAAAAGGCCCCGUCCGGCAUGACUGUUUAUGCUGGUGCUGCCCGCAUUGGCAUCAUGAAAGACAAUGAGUUGCGGAAAUUUGUGGCACACCUCCAAGCGUCCAGUGUCCCUUCAGACAGCCCCUAUGCUCAGGUGCCCAUCUUCCCCUUGAUCCCCAACCGGGACACCAAGAUACAAGGGAAACCAAAAAAGGACAUCCACAAGCUGGAGGCGCAGAGGAGGAUGGAACCUGUCUCAUCUUUUGAAGACCAUUUCUUCAACAAGAAAAGGUGGAUGCCGAAGAAGACUAAACCCUCCUUGGGUACCAUGCCCACCCUUACUCUUGCACCAGACUUGACAAAAAGGCGACGGCUGACUAUGUCCAACCUUGAGGAAAUCCGACGAGAAGUGAAGAAAGCAACGGAUGCCUACCGGAAGGCACUGGCUCUCCGGGAGCGCAACAAGUCACUGAAGCUGUGGCGGAGAGUGCGUGGGAACGAGAUUGGCGUGGAUGUGGGAAACCCCAGCUUCUACCAGACUUUCUCCACCUACUCUUGGUCAUGGAACGUCUGCCAAGAACUGGUGACCCCUCGAGAACUCCAGGAAUAUGAUAACAAACUGUAUUACAGCUCCUGCCAAACAGCCACCCCGGCAGGUGGGAGGCAGAAAGGAAGUAAGAAGUAGCCCCAAUUGUUACUAGCUAGCCAUGGCUUUCUCCUUUUCAUUUGAGGGCGUCCCAUAGACUGGUCUAAGGCUGGUACCUGGGUCACACUUCCUGAGACAGGGGAUCCACUUUUAUACAUUGACUAAUUCAGGUAGAAGGGGCAAGUCUUCCCUGCUGUUCAACAGCCAACGUGCCAGAAAGUGCACUUUCAGUUUGAAGAAUGGAAACGAAUGGAUAAUUUGGAAUAUUGCAUCCCAGAAAAACCAAUAUUCCAAACAGCGAUAAAAUCAGCAGUGGGAGUUAAUUUAUUAUUAUUUAUUUAAUUAUAACUUUUCUGCACUGCCCAAUCCAAUGGCUCUGGGCAGUUUACAGACUAAAAACAAAAUAUAAUCAUUCAAAAAUCAAACGUAAAACCAUAAUCCGAACCAUUAAAACCAUUUAAAACAGUUAAAACAAUUAAAACCAUUUAAAACAGGUUUAAAACCCUGGAAGGCCAGACCAAACAAAUAAGUCUUAAGGGUUCUCUUAAAGGCCGAUAGUGUAUUUAAACCAUGAAUUUCUGCUCCACAGCCUAGGAGCAGCUACAGAGAAAGCCUGGUCCUGAGUCACCACCAGACACACUGGUGGCAGCUGGAGAUGGACCUCUCCAGCUGAGGUCUAGAGACCUCCCAGAAUCCCCAGCUGCAGUGGCUUUUGCUUGGGGAUUGUGGGAGUUCUAGGCAUUGUCGUCUGGGAGUCCCUGUUAGAGGGAACACCGCCCACCUCUGUUUAAUAGACUGUCCUGGCUACUGACAGUAUAAAAGUCUGUGCUGGGUGGGUUCACACUACCUUUUUUGCUUAUCUAAGGUGAAACAAUGGCUCGCCAUUUCAGUACAGAGAGUCAAGAAUGAGCCCCUAGUGGCGCAGUGGUAAAACUACCGCCCUGUAACCAGAAGGUUACAAGUUCGAUCCUGACCAGGGGCUCAAGGUUGACUCAGCCUUCCAUCCUUCCGAGGUCGGUAAAAUGAGUACCCAGAAUGUUGGGGGCAAUAUGCUAAAUCAUUGUAAACCGCUUAGAGAGCUCCGGCUAUAAAGCGGUAUAUAAAUGUAAGUGCUAUUGCUAUUGCUAUUGCUAAGAGAGCUUGGAUGGCUUUAAAAGGGGCUUAGACAGAAUCAUAGUGGACAGGUCUAUCAAUGGCUACUAGUCUGGUGGCUGUGGGCCACCUCAAGCCUCAGAGGCAUGAUACUUCUCAAUACCAGUUGCAGAGGUAGCAACAGCAGGAGAGAGGGCGUGCCCAUACCUCCUGCCUGUGGGCUCCCCAGAGGCAUCUGGUGGGCCACUGAGGGGAAAAGGAUGCUGGACUAGAUGGGCCUCCUUCUGCCUGAUCCAGCAGGGCUGUUCUUAUGUUAUGUUCUCUUGGCCUCAACAUGCGGUGGGGAUCAUACAGAAGAAGGCGCUCUCUAAGGUAACCCGCACCGAAGCCAUUCAAGGCUUUAAAGGUAAUAACCAGAACUUUGUAUUUUGCCCGGAAACGUAUCGGCAGCCAGUGCAGCUGUUUAAGUAUAAGCAUAAUAUAGUCUCUCUGGGUUGCUCCUGAGACCAAUCUGUCUGUCACAUUUUGAGCUAGCUAAAGUUUCCGAAUUGCAUAGAAAGGCUGCCCUAUGUAGAGCGCAUUGCAGAAGUCAAGCAUGGAGGUUACUAGCUGCCAAAAUAGUUAACCACUGUUUCGAGAUUGUUCUCUUCAAGGAAUGGACACAGCUGUCAAAUCAGCUAAAGCUAAUGAAAGGCACUCCUAGCCAUAGCCUCCUCCUGAGAUACCAGGGUAAGGCCUGAGUCUAGGAGCAUUCCCAAACUGCAUAGCUGUUCCUUCGGGAGUCAGUUGGGCAGUGGGGUAGACGGUACACCAACAGAAUCCCUAAUCUAUACUUAGUUCCCAGCGUCAAAAAUACACACUCAAUAUAAGUCAACUGUCUCACAUGGACCCUGGUAAGAGAAAUUGUAUCCUUAUGGACCACAGCCACUCCCCCUCACCCCCACUUCCUCAUACCUGCUCCACAACAGAGUAACCUCUUGGGAGAAGCUGGUCCCAAACUGGAUCACCUGCCUCUCCCAACCAGUUCUCAGUUAUACACAUGCCCGGUCGGAGAGCACUAUUCACUUAUCCUUAUUAUUAGUUUAUGCAUUUAUAUGUACAAGGAGAGGCACACCAUCCAUCUCUCAUUUAACCUUUCUAACAAAUCUGUUAAGUGGAUUGUUAUCCUACACGCCAUUUUGCAGAUGAGAAAUGAUGCCUGACUGGCUCUCAAGUAAAAUGAGAAGAAGGGAGGGGUGAUUUUUCAGCGAACCCCCCCCCCUUCCUCUUCUUACACACACACAGAGGGGAGGAGCAAUUUUUGGCGAUUCCCCCUUCCCCCUGCAACUGCCUGUGGUGCCCGAAAAUAUAUCCUGGGGGCCCUACAACGCUCGCAGACAUAUUUUUUGGGGAGAUACAGGCAACUGCAGAGGGAAGGGGGAAUCACCAAAAAUUGCCCCUCCUCUCUGUGCACGUGUGGGAGUGUUCCCCACACACAACUCUUAGUUUGGAUGUAGGCCAAUCAGUUCUGAAUUUGUAAAAACAACAACCCAAAAAACACCUGACUCUUGAGUUCAGUUUCAGAUGUGCCUUUAAAAGAAAACUGGACAAAGGGUUAUUUCUACUUUAAUAAAAGUGCUGGGAGGUAGAAGGACUUGGGUCCUUAGAACAUACAUUGGAGGAUCCUCUGCAGAUAGGUGAGAAAAGGCUGGUGACUCUCUCAAGACUGCUGCAGGAAAGAGCUCCACAUUCUGCAUCCAGUGUCUAUUGCACCAAUGGCUCUGCUAUUGCUGACAGUGUUCUGCUGAUUACCUUAUUUAGGCAUUUAAAAUUGUGAGAAAGCAACCAGGCAAAAUCUAGAGGGAUGGGGUAGGGUGGGGAAAGUAUUAAGAUGGCAGCAAGGAUUGUGCCAACUUGGUCAUCUCUGAAUUUUGAAUGGGGAGGGUAUGCCACUUGCAUAUAAGGCCAAAAAAAAAAAAGAACUUAAAAGCUACUCUUAGGAGAGACUAAUCCCUCUGAACAGCACAGAGGCUGUUGUGUGGUUUUGAGAGGCAAUGCAACCACAGCUUGGGAAGGAGAUUCCAUCAGGCAAGAAGGUUACCAUCAGGUCUGGAUGUUCUCUGAAAUUUUCUUUAAAAAAUCUUGCACCAAGCUGGAUUCUGCAAUGGAUAAAUUAUAUAAAGCAAGCCCAUUUGCAGCACCUUGAAUAAUUUAUUCUAGUCCUAAUCCUGAGGAGGGACAAAAAAUGUAUUCAGGGCACUGAAGCCACAUGCCCCAAUUACUGAAAAUCUUCUUCAGCACCCCCUGCUAGUCACUCCUCUCUAUCCCUGCUCUGGUUCCUGAGAUUUCACCAGACCUUGCCAAUACAGUUUCCGUCUUGUCUUCAGAGCUUUAAGUUCUUGGAUUAAGUUCAUGGAUUUGUAUAAGUGCAAAAUCAAAGUACUGCAGAAGGGGACAAAAACAUCCUUUUUAUCCACACUUAGAAUAUGUAUGCAGUAUAGAGAGCCAAUGUGAUGUAAAGGCUAGGGUGCUGGAUUAAGACUAGAGAAAAACUGACUUUAAAUCCUCACUCCGCUGUGAAGCACACUGUUAUCCUCGGUCAAUCCCCAUCUCUCCACCUAACCAACUUCAAGAGAUUAAUGUACAUCAUCCUGAGCUCUCCUUGAAAGAAAGGUGGGAUAAAGAAAAUCUAAUUUAUUCUGGUCUUGCCCCAACAAACUUAAAGAGACACAGAGGACAUUCACACGACUGCAGGGGUGGUGGGGAGGCUACGCUUCACUUACCUUCCCACCCAGGCAAUCAUUUUUGAAGUCUUCAGUGCACCGCCACACACUCAAUCCAGACUGCUCUGCUGAAGUGUGCUCCAUGCAACGAGUGUGGUGCAUUGAGGGAUACCCCACCAGCACCCAUCUCUGUGUCUCCUCAGGCUGCGUGCAGUCCAAGAAGACACACAAUCCCGGCAGCCAGGUUAAGGGUACACAUGCAUGCACCUUUAACCUCGGCUAAAAGCCAUGCUUGGAAGCAGGGUUAGACGGGUGGGCAGUGCCAGGAAGAUCUGUUUGGAUCCCAGCACUGCACCUCACCAGCCUAACCCAGGCUGGUCUUGUCAUGAGAACAGCCUUAAUGGCUAAAAUUAAUAUAGGAUAGAACCUUGCUUCACACAGAGAGGCCUUUUAAUUUAGAAAAAUGGCAAUUGCCAGGGAAGGUAUGAUGGAAAUUUCUAGGGUCAUGUGAAAUGUGGAACAUGAAUAGCAAAUAACUAUUCACUUCUUCUCAGAAUACAAAAACUUGGGCAUUAUUCACUAAAAAUAAUUGGCAGCAUAAACCAAAAGAUAAACCAAAAGAAGUGCUUCUACAUAUAAUGUGGACUUCAUUGCCACAGGAUAUUAUGAUGAAAACCAACACAACCUGGGUAAUUAGCAGCCCAGAUACCUAAAAAUACAACCUUAAUCUUCAGAGGGGAGAAACCUUGUAUGUCUUAUACUGAGGCAAACGAGCCCCGCUAUCUCCAAACCUUUUAACAGAAGAUGCCAGAAUUUGAACCUGGGACUUUCUGCAUGGAAAGCAUGCAUGCUACCAACUCAGCCUCUGGACCCAACAGGAUAGCAAAGAUCCUACUUAGAGAGGAUCGUCAUUGAAAAAGUUACCUAGAUAACCAACUCCAGCACAACUUUUUCAAAAAGUGAUCCUGUGAUGCUGACUGUAAUGACGUGUAGAUAUUGGUACCAGAUAAAUUGUAAGAGGAAUUUUUGUACUGGGGCUCUUGAAAUAUCACCUUUUGCCGGCCUCUGUCACUUAUCAAACCUGAUUGGAAAUCCUCGUCAAAACAACUUUGCAUCAGUGCUGCUUCUAAUAUGAACACUCUGUGAACAAAGGCUUGUUGUAUUUUGCACUUAAAAGUUGAAAUAAAAAAAAUCCUGGAAGACAAA